AUGGUAUUGUCUCUGAUAAAAAGACUGCAGAAAAUUCCACGAUAUGUGCCAGCCAGUAUAUUGUGUUCCCUGAAUGGCAUGCUGUUUGGCAUGGACACAGGAAUCAUCGGACCUGUCACAGACAUGGAAGACUUCGUUGCUCAGUUCGGUGGCAGUCGGUCAGCUACGAUCCACGGUCUCAUCGUAUCGUCUAUUCUGAUUCCAGCUGCGAUUUCCUCCUUCUUUGCUGGCUUCGUGGCAGACCGAUUCGGAAGAUCCAAGGGCAUCAGCAUCGGGGUGUUCAUAUUUGGCGUUGGCGCUGCGCUAGAAGCUGCCGCUGUUCAUCUUGCCAUGUUCAUUGUUGGUAGGGUUGUCGAGGGUGUGGGCGAGGGUCUCUUUUUAGGGACUUUGGUUGUAUACAUUUGCGAGAUAUCGCCAACAAGAGUUAGAGGGGCUUUCACAACAGGACCUCAGCUUCUUAUCACGCUUGGUAUCGUUACUGGGUUCUUUACUUGCUACGGUACCUCAAGAAUCCAAUCUUCCAUGUCAUGGCGGACACCGUUUAUUGUACUCGCAUCAUUUUCGAUGACCCUCUCAAUGGUCUCACUCUUCUUUCUGCCUCCCUCACCUCGCUGGUUGACUCUACACGGUCGUGAAGGAGAGGCGACACAAGCCUGGGACUAUUUGGGUGUCAGCCAUGCCGAGCGAGAGAAGGUGGAGAUCGAACUCGAAUCUGCCGAGUCACAACAAGUACAGGAUCAAGGCACAAAUGAUGCCACCGCGACGGAAGUUCAGACUGCAACAAAGCCAAGACAUACCCUCUUGGAUCUUUUCUCUCGCGAUGUUCGUUCACGCACUGGCCUUGCAGUCUUCAUGAUGGGAAUGCAACAAUUGAGUGGGAUUGACGGUGUUCUAUACUAUGCUCCAUUGCUAUUCCAACAAGCAGGGCUGGCAUCAUCGCAAGCCAGCUUUCUCGCCUCCGGGGUUUCAGCCCUAGUCAUUUUCGGCGCCACUAUCCCCGCGUUGAUUUGGGCGGACCAGUGGGGCCGUCGACAAAGCACAAUCUACGGUGGGAUUGCACUCAGCAUCACGAUGUUCUUGAUCGGUGCCCUUUACGCAUCGGGGUCUGUGCAUGGCUCUUUUGGAGCCGGGCGCUGGGUCGUCAUUGUCACUAUCUACAUCUUCGCUGUGAUAUACUCUUCGACAUGGGGUGUUGGAAUCAAAAUUUAUGCCGCGGAGAUUCAACCGCAGCGCACUCGAGCCUCUGCGACAAGCUUGGCACACGGUAGCAAUUGGGCUGCGAACUUUUUGGUCGCACUAACAACCCCAAUUCUCUUAUCAAAGAGCAGCUACGGGGCAUACUUUUUGUUCGGUGGUUGUUCUAUUCUGACUGCCGUUGUUUGUGCUCUGUUCAUGCCGGAGACAAAAGGCCGAUCUUUGAAUGAGAUCGAGGAAGCAUUCAAAAAGAGAUCGCCGCGCAGUAGCAAUCUUUCAAGCAGGGUUCUGCGUCCUGUCUUCAAAUGGAAGUCUUGA